CCCUUCCCUGUAGGCUACAGAACACCUGUGAAGCUACACCAACUCCAGCAUAGACCCAUUGACGUGUGAGGCUCAGAGCCCACCUGGAGUGUGUUCUAUUGGAUAGACCUGAAACACAGGGGAGGGAGGUGCUGGGAUUGUCCUGGGUUGGUCGUACACACACACAGGAGGGGUGUUCUUUUCUUCACCAGUCACUACCACAAGGAUCCAUGGUCUCUCUGAGGAGGGGAACUGUCUGCACUCAUGGAGAAACAAGGAGGAAAUGGAUGUAAACGUCAAGUUGUGGUCGAGAGCCCUGUACGACCACUGCGGUCUCUGGUGCAGCUGUGUUUCAUCUUCCUCCUCUUCCUGUCCACGGUCAUCGUGAUCAUCCUCUUAGGUUUUCCUGACAGAUUCUCCCAGACAGACUGGUGGACAAACCUAUCACUGUACACAUACUACCAUAGAUGGACCAACCCCGACCGCCACCGUGGACCAUCCCCAACCACCAUUCCCCCAACCACAGUACCAGCCCCACCCUCAACCACCAUACGUCCGCUACCAACCAAUCACAACCACUUGGGCUACCCUCGUAACUACCACUUCAUCGUAGACGAACCGGACAAGUGUAAUACCCAGGCCCCGUUCCUGGUGCUGAUAGUCCCCGUGGCGCCCGGUAACCUGGCCGCCAGGGACGCCAUCCGCAGGACGUGGGGUAAUGAGACCCUGGUGCAGGGGAAGAAGGUACAGACGCUAUUCAUGCUAGGACUUCCUGGAGGACCAGUUGCCCAGGAGCUGCAGGAGAAGGUGAACCAGGAGAGUCAAGUGCAUCAUGAUCUACUUCAGAGCAACUUCCUGGACUCUUACCUCAACCUCACCAUUAAGACCAUGGUGAUUAUGGACUGGCUGGCCACCCACUGCACCAAUGCCACCUACGCCAUGAAGAUUGACUCAGACAUGUUCCUCAACGUAGAGAACCUGAUGACUAUGUUGCUGAGACCGGACGUCCCCAAGGUGAACUACCUGACGGGGAUGCUGAUGUGGGAUCGCCCGGUCAUCCGGAACCCCAACUCUAAAUGGUAUGUUCCGGUGGAGAUGUUAGCCGACGACCGAUACCCGACCUACACACUUGGUAUGGGAUACGUGUUCUCCAACGACCUGCCGGAGAGGUUCGUGGCGGUAUCCAAGGACAUCAAGCUUUUUAAUAUAGAAGACGCCUAUGUUGGCGCCUGUAUGAAGAAACUGGGCCUCUCGCCCACAAACUCACCAGAUCCUGGGCAAUGGAAGGCCUAUCUCGGCAAGUACAAUCGCUGUGAAUUUUCCAAAGUCAUCACCUAUAUUCUGAGCCGCUCGUCCCAGAUCGUGGAAUACUGGAUGGACCUGAAGAAGACACCUGGUUCACCCUGUCUCUGACCUACUGUCCACCAUUUGGUAUUUUCAUCCUCAUGGUCGAGUCUCAGUCUAGGUAGCCAAACAGAUAUAUAUAUAUACCUGUAUAUAUCGAUGAAAGAAACACAGCUGUAGCUCUGCCACCUUCCACCUCAGCUGUGGAAGGCUGACAUCGGCGCAUGUGGUGGAUUGAGAUGCAGCCCAUGCAAUAAAACAGAUAUCUCUAGCUUAAACAGACCGUUUCUGAUGGGAAUUCUUAUGUUACGCUUAUUCAAUUUCCGUGCGGACAUUGACUCUGGUAUUAGUACUAAGUUUCAGGGACUCUAUCAGUGUCCGAGGGGCAGGUAGCUGAGCGGCUAGGGUUGUGCCAGUAACUGAAAGGUUGUUAGUUCAAAUCCCCUAACAGACAAGGUGAAAAAUAUCUGUCCAUGUGCCCUUGAGCAAGGCACUUAACCCUAAUUUCUUCAAUGUUGAUAAUGACUGACCUUGGCUGUAACCCCAUUCUUGGGGGGGAGUUGAGAUAUGCAAAAAAAAAAUUCAAAUGUGUAUAAAACACACUUUUAGAUGUGUGAACCAGGACAAAUAUAAGCACCCACUGGCACCUGGGGCACCUUGUUAGGACUCAAUUACCCAUAAUGACAUUGGGUAGGGUAGGAAAUAAAGAUGGGUGGUGGUGGGGCUGGUCGGGAAGAUGAAGUUAGGUCAUUGAGUAGUUCUGAACUUGUAAUGACUGUCGGAAUGUGAUAUCUUACUUUCAAAGUCUUAAUUUACAAUGGUGGAACAUACUUUGCAAAUGGAUCUUUUGUGAUUUUGUGAUCCCGAAUCUCAGGAAUCCAAACAAAUCUAGACAGAUAGGAGGAUGGGAUCAGCAUCUGUCUAGUCUCCUGUGAUAUAUUAACACUUUCACAGGCCAAAACUCACACAAGAUUUGUCUCUGUUCACACAAGAUUUGUCUCUGUUCACACAAGAUUUGUCUCUGCCCACACAAGAUUUGUCUCUGCCCACACAAGAUUUGUCUCUGUGUUACAUGAUCAUCUGUCUGCCAAAUUCCAUGGUGUUGUGACACCAUUCGGGAGAUGGUGUUCUAGAAACCAGUUGGGUAACCUGUAAGAAACACAAAAGCCAUCCAUUAUGAAUGAUUCAGUCUCUAACUCUCAAAAACAAUUGAAAGGAAGAUUAUUCUGUACAUAAAAAAAAUGUGUUUUGUCAAGAUGUAUUUGCUUAGUGAAUUAACAGUAGCCCGUAGGCCUAGACCUUGCCCAAACCAAGUAGACCGAUAUAACAGUAUCAAAUAUUUAACAGCAUAAGAUAUUUAUUUUACUGGGUGAGUUCUUUUUCAAGUCAGCGACAUCUACAUUAAUAAUUAAGUUACAUAUAUUGUUCAACAAAGCCUCUUUUUAUAUCGGCAUCAGUAUAUUAAGUCACACAUUAUGUUACACAAAGCUUCUCUCAUCCUGUUUGCUUAGCAUGACACUGUUCAAAUUCUGUUUGACUUCUAUGUACGUAUUUCACAAUUAAUUUAUUUGCAGAACAGUUGACUAAAACCUGGACAAGAAUAAGGUGUGUUCCAUUGUCAAUGAAAGGAGUUCUGUUCUGUUCCAUUGACAAUGAAAGGAGUUCUGUUCUGUUCCAUUGACAAUGAAAGGAGUUCUGUUCUGUUGUCAACUUCCACAAUGAAAGGAGGAGUCCAUUAUUCUCAAUGUCUGAUGACAGGUGUAACAAAAUAAGAUGAUAUGAGUAAUGACAUUAGGAAGGUAAUGCAGAAGGCUGCAGCCCUGGAAAGCUAUGAAUCACAGGAGGCUUGUGAGGGGAGGAUGGCUCAUAAUAAUGGCUGGAAUGAAGGGAAUUGUAUCAACCACAAGGAAAAAAUGAAUUUGAUACCAUUCCAUUUAUUCCGUUCCAGCCAUAUGAGCCUGUCCUCCCCAAUUUAGGUGCAACCAGCCACCUGUGCUAUGAAUAUGACAUGGCAUGUGUGUCUAUGUUCUUUGUUAAGGACAUCAUCGUUGUGACAAUAUGAACAAUGAUGAUGUCAUACAAGUUCUUUGAGAUGAUUUAUGUUAUGAAAAGCACAAUAAAAGUUCAAUAAAUUAUUUGUAUUAUUACUAUCAUAAUCAUUGACAUGGUGAAUGCAUUGCAGUUGACAACAGGGAUCUUUAAAAAAAAAGAGAGACAUGGUUUUACUGUCAGAGAUUUGUCUCGUAGAAGAAAGGCUCUGUCGAAAUGUUGACAAUAAAGGCUACUUAAUA